AUGGUGGACUACUAUGAGGUGCUGGGUGUAACCCGGCAAUCCUCGUCGGAUGCCAUCAAGAAGGCGUACCGCAAGCUGGCGCUCAAGUGGCACCCGGACAAAAAUCCUGAGAACAAGGAGGAAGCGGAGAGGAAGUUCAAAGAAGUGGCCGAGGCCUACGAGGUGUUGUCAGACGCCAAGAAACGGGACGUCUACGACAGAUACGGCAAAACAGACGUGGAUGGUGGCGGUGGCGGCCCCUUCCAGGACCCCUUUGACUACGUCUUCACCUUCCGUGACCCGGCCGAGGUCUUCAGGGAGUUUUUCGGUGGCAGGGACCCGUUUUCGUUUGACUUCUUUGGAGACUCGCUUGAGAACAUUUUUGGGAGUCGGAGAAGCUCCCGGGGAAGCCGAAGCAGAGGGUACGCACCACUUUUCUCCCCUUUCAGUGAAUUUCCAACUUUUGGGGGUGCUUUUUCUUCUUUUGAUGCAGGACUGACUUCCUUUGGUUCCAUGGGAGGUGGGGGCCUCUCUUCCUUCUCCAUGUCCUGUGGUAGUGGUGGCACCACCAACUUCAAAUCCGUGUCGACUUCCACUGAAAUAUUGAAUGGCAAAAAAAUCACCACCAAGAGAAUCAUUGAGAAUGGCCAAGAAAGGGUGGAAGUGGAAGAAGACGGAGAGUUGAAGUCCCUGAUAAUCAAUGGCAAGGAGCAGUUGCUGCACAUUGAUACUCAGUGA